CCCCGCCGCAAGUGGGAGGUGUUCCCGGGCCGCCCCCGGUUGUGCUGCGGCGGGCGGCUCCUGCUGGCCCGGCACAGCGGUGUCUUCGCCCUCACCCUCGGGCUCAUCGUGGGCACCAGCGGCCUCUUCUUCGCCUUCGAACAGCAUGGGGACCUCUACUUACCGCCCGCCAGCCCGCACGAUGGAAGUGGUCAACAACAAGUAUGUGGUGAAACUCAAGUACUGCUACACUGUGCAAAAUGUUCCGUCCUCCGCGCACCUCACACUGCAGCGUCUGCGACAACUGUGUGGGUAAGCUGGAAAGCGGGAAGCCUUCAAGCGCCACAGAUCAGAUGGGGAGGAUGAAGCCUCAGCCGUAUGGAGGAACCAACGCCCCCCCACAAGAGCAGGGAGCUCAGGCGGGGCCACAGCAAGGACACGGCUCUCCAGGACAGCCCGACGGGUCACAGACUGCUCAGCAGCAGCAGUCUGCCUCCUCCCAGCAGCGCUUCCUCUCUCCUCAGGAGUUGUCUCGAGUGUUGCUUGUGUCCCAGGCGUCAUCUGCUCCCUCAACGGCUUCCAGCAGAGGGCCAGAAGAUAUGAACGUGAAUCUUCAGUCCAGGCCUUCAGCCCCGUCGGAUCUAACUUGGUUACGGAGGAUACUGAAAAAGAAGAUGGCGACCUCCACAUGCAAGCAGGCAGAAGGGAUGUCUGGAGUCUUGCUUAAGAGUGGACGGGUUCUUGUUCUUCCAAGCCGGCCUGGCGUGAGAAGGCGGGACCUGUCUGGCUCAAUAGAUGAUGUCCCCACGGGGACGGAAGGAGCCCUGAGUCCUGGAGUAAGCACGUCAGGGAUAUCCGGCAGUCAAGGAGAGCAGAGUAACCCAGCUGAGUCUCCUUUCUCUCCGUGUACGUCUCCUCACCUGCCAGGCAUCAGAGGACCCUCCCCAUCCUCGGCCGGGUCUCCUGCCAGCGCUGCUCGGUCCCAUUCAGGUCUGCUUUCACCUGCUGCAGUACCAGGCAAUCAGAUGCCACCCCGGCCACGCAGCGGCCGGUCGGACAGCAUCCUGCAUCUCUCCGUGCACCCGUCAGGCAGAGCACAAGAUCAAGGAGGGUCUCCUGGGCAGCCAAAUAGCAAUGAGAUGCCCAAUGCCAACUAUCCGAGUCCGGGAACAGGAGGAAGCCUGAGCCGAAAGAGAGCACAGGAAGCAGCUGCCACUACCGUGCACGCGGCUGCCAAGUCCGUCCAGAGCAGGCCUCCUGGUUAUCCCAAAAUAAACCAAGGAGGAGUGACGGGCAUUGGAGCUCCGUCUGGCCAGGGAAUUAACAGUCUGGCCCACAUGAUGAACCCCCAGGGCCCUGCCCUGUGCAACGGGUGGGAAGGUGUCUAACAACUCUGCAGGGAUGGCGGCAAGCCCUGAAGUGAUAGGCCUUGGGGAGGUCGAAUUACCAUCUGCAUCUAAAACGAAGAAUGAGGCAGAUGGGACACCAAGCGCAAAAUCCAAGUCAAAGGAGUUGUCUCGAGUGUUGCUUGUGUCCCAG